UAGAGCUGGAGGGAGUCAUCUUGUGUCUGCAGGCUUCACACACAAAACUCUCCAGAAGACGACGAGGCCUCAGAAGGGAUCUGCCCCUCUUCAUCACCCGUACACUCAUCUCCACCACGAGGACCAUGAGCAAUCACGAGCACAACCACUCAUUAGACUUCUUCAACGGCACACCGUGGUUUGUCUAUGAGUGCACCAUCCAGCUGGAUGCGGAUUACCGGCGCAUCGCCCUCUUCCUGCUCUACCUGUUCAUCUUCAUGGUGGGCCUGCUGGAGAACGUGCUGGUCGUCUGGGUGAACUGGCGUCGACGCCACUCGGCCAACGGGGUCCUCUUCUGCGUCAUCAACGUAAGCCUGUCGGACCUGAUGGUGAUUGUGAUCCUGCCUUUCUUCAUGAUGGAGGUGACCAUGGACAAGGUCUGGCUGUGGGGCCGCUUCCUCUGCAAGGUCACCAACCUCAUCUACGUGGUCAACUUCUACAGCAGCUCCUUCUUCCUGGCCUUCAUGACCCUGGAGCGCUAUCUGUCCCUGACCAGACCCUCGUCUCCGGCCCUGUUCCCUGUGGUGGGUCGGCGGCGCUGGGUGCUCUGCGGAGGCCUGUGGGUGCUCUCCUUUUUCCUGGCUCUGAUGGAGAACGUCCACGUGGAUCUUCUGGAGUGGGACGAGCCUGGCUGCUACAUGCUGCCCGAGCACAACUACACCCAGUGGUUUGUCUCCGUGGCUUUCCUCUGCCUGCUCUUCCAGUUCCUGGGCCCCGCCGCGGUCAUCGUCACCUGUAACGUGCUGAUCGCUCGGGCAGUUCGAACGGCUCAGGACGUGCAAGGCCGGCGGGAUGUGUGGCUGGUGCAUGUGUACUCCCUGGUGUUUGUCAUGUGCUGGCUGCCCUACCACGUGGUCAUGUUCCUGAUGAUCAUAGACGACCUUGACCCCUACGUCUUCAGCUGCAACACAGUAGAAGUCCUCUACUUCUCAUUCAGCGUGGUGCAGAGCCUGUCGCUUUUCCACUGUGUUGCCAACCCCAUCCUCUACAACUUCCUUAGCAAGAGCUUCCGCAACAACCUGCUCAACACGGUGGUGCAUUACAUACCCAGAGGGGGGACCGUGGACCAGGUGGGAGCGGGAAACCAGCCCAAUGCUCCUAACGGCGACGGGGGAGACCCGGGGAAGCAGCACAAGUUAAGUAACGCCAGCACAAGCCAGUCCGACGUUGGAUCGUAAGAAAGAGGCUGGGAUGAGAGUAGAGUAAGCUUCAGGAGCAGGACGUUUUCGAAGUGAAGAUUUGACAGAACUGAAUCCAGUCUUGGUGCUUCGGAAAACGAGAGGCAUAGAUCGUACAACGUAUCAUCUCACUCUGGUCAUGGACUCGUUGAGCUGUUUGCUAUGCGACAGAUGGGCUAACUAACAACUUCCUCUCAAUAAUCGACAUGUUUUGUUUUGUUUUGAUAUCAUGUAUCUGAUCACAGUUUUAAACAGCGGAAAGCAGGAAAUGUUUGAUGGUUUUUUUUGGGGGGGGGGGUUUUUUGUAACUCAAAGCUGCUCAACUCCCACAGGAACUCAUGGCAACCUCCAGAAUUCCAUGGCACAGGGGAAGACCAGUGCCACACCAAGAAUGUUCGUAAACAAAUCUGCGUGCCAGUGUCAGAUAAGAGCCAUCCUCAUAUCCAUAUUAACAUCUCGAAAGUGUGAAAAUGUAACUGAAUAGACCAGUGUCUAGAGCUAUAGCUCACAUUUAUCCGUUUCUGGAUGCUGCUGUCGUCUGCAAGUUUUGUUAAAAUGCAAUAAAACUCCCUCAAACACUGUUUGUAUCCAUCUGAGCUGUAAAACCCGAGUUGAAUUUCGAUGGAAAAAGUUUGGAAGCUUAGUGGGUUUUGUUUCACUGAGUUUGCCGUUCUUGCACUUGGCUAUCUCCCUUCUUGCAGUUACUGUUGAUCUUUAUUACAGUUACUUCCACUCCUGUCUCCAUCUGGAAUGUGUCACUUUCGACUUUUCAAAUGAUAAGGAGGAAAAAAAGGAAAAGGGGCUGUCAGUCCACAGACGGCACAAUAGCAGGAAGACACCGGGCUUUAAAAGGGCAAAGGUCACGAGCCCCCGGAAGCAGGAGUUUCACAACGCUACUCAGAUUUCUGCUAAUUCAUCACUGACAUUCUGGUGAUAGAUGGA